AAGGAUCGGAUAGGUCAAAGUCCUUGUGAUUUGUGUCUGGUACAUUAUAAUUGUAACCGGGGCACUAGGACACUUGUCAUCGGUAACGUUUUCCCGUUUCCCACACGGCUUGUGAGAAAGAAAGUUAACGAUAUAUUUUGAGCAUGGCAUCGUCAGCUAGUAAACUUAACUUUCUAUCGCGGGGAGUGUGGUCAUUACUACUACAGACGUCAAGGUCACCUUCCCACAACGUAAAGUAUACCCACAGACAAGUCUCCCGGCUUCUUUCUACACUUAGACGAUCUGUGGCGAUAGGAGAUGUACACACAAGGCCAUUCAGUACCACAAGCUUAACUAAAACCAUUUUCACAAGCAAUUUACCAGAUCUUGAAAUUCCACAGGAAAGCCUUGGCGAAUAUUUACUGCCAAAGUUUGACACUUUCGGCGACAAAACAGCAUUGGUUGAUUUCGCCAACGGCAAGACGUACACUUACUCUGAGCUCAAAGCAGCAAUUAUUAGUGUCGCUAGUGCCCUCAACAGACUUGGUUACAAGAAAGGAGAUGUCAUGGCCAUGUAUUCUGUCAACAACUCAGAGUAUUGUAUCCUACUGCUAGCGUGUGCAGCAUCUGGGAUUAUCUUGACCACCGCCAACCCUGCAUACACUCCUGCGGAACUUGCGCGACAUUUAAAUCACUCUGGGUCCACAAGUUUGGUUGUAGUCGAUGUUCUAUUACCAGUCGCCAAGACAGCUCUGGACAGUGAUCCUAACUUGAAGAACACUAUCAAGGAAGUGGUAGUCAUUGGAGAAGCAGAAGGCUACCGUUCAUUUUCCUCGCUUUUAGAGGAUGACGGGAAAUCUUUCCCAGACAACCUCAACAUCGAUCCGAUGAAUGACGUGGUUGUCAUACCCUACUCCAGCGGAACGACAGGACUACCAAAGGGAGUGCAGCUCACCCAUUAUAACCUGGUGGCUAACCUUCAGCAGUUUAGGCCGGUGAUUAGGGUGACCGAGGAAGACACCAGCUUAGGGAUUCUUCCAUUUUAUCAUUGCUACGGCAUGAUCCCGGUCAUGAUGGGCGUAUUUCAGGACGGAGGAAAACUAGUGACGCUCCCGAAAUUUGACCCCGUCAUGUUCCUUACGGCUUUGGCUGAACAAAAGGUAACAAUGGCCCAUAUUGUCCCACCAAUCGUCGUGUUUAUGGCCAAACAUCCUGCUGUAUCCGAGUUUGACCUUUCUAAUCUGAAAAGGACAGUAGUGGGAGCGGCCCCUCUAGGUGAAGCCAUUACUGAAGCCUUCACUAAGAGAUUAAAUAUCCCCAUCACACAAGGGUACGGACUGACAGAGACGUCUCCUGUGUUGGCGGUUGAUAACCUUCCUCCUAGCCCAGGAACUACCGGCCGACUUGCGCCCAAUACAAUGGCCAAGGUCGUCAAUCCGGAAACGGGUGCCGAGCUCGGAACUGGAGAAACCGGAGAGUUAGUAUUCAAGGGUCCACAGAUAAUGAAAGGCUAUCUAAACAACCAGCAGGCCACUGAUGAUAUGAUAAAGGAUGGAUGGCUGUAUUCAGGUGAUGUGGGACAUGUACAAGAGGACGGCUGUAUUGUUAUCACAGACAGAUUGAAGGAACUCAUCAAGUACAAGGGUUUCCAGGUUCCUCCGGCAGAAUUGGAGGACCUACUCCUCAAACAUCCGGGUAUCCAGGACGCGGCUGUGAUAGGUAUCCCAGAUGAGGACGCAGGGGAGCUGCCCCGAGCUUACGUGGUGUCCAAACCAGACCAAACAUUGACUGAAGAGGAAGUCUGCAAAUUUGUUGAAGAUAACGUGUCUGGACACAAGAAACUACGGGGUGGAGUGCAGUUCAUGAAAGAAAUCCCAAAGUCGCCUUCUGGCAAAAUCCUCAGACGAGUUCUCAGGGACGAAUUAAGCUCGAAAGUGUAAUUAAGUAACACAAUAGGAAUGUUUCGAAUGUAUCCGAGAUCAUUUAAUGUAUAUCGUUACAACUCGUAUUGAUUUUAACUUGAAAUAUAUGUAUUUGCACUUUAAUGCACUUAUGGCAGCGACAAUGCAACAUAAGGGAUUUUUUUUAUUUCAUUAGAUUCUUACAUUCUUGGCUGGACUGAUGAGACUAACACAUGAAACUCCAGUCACGAUGUAUCACACAUUUUAAUAUGUUUACAUUUUACCAAAGAUUUUACGAUGAUAUUGUGUUUUUACUGUUAUUUUGAAGUAGUAUUAUAUUUUUGAAAUGAAGGUCAAUAAGUAGUGAUAUGAUUGUUGUUCUGUAGAUAUUAACUAUGUUUUACGUGUGAUGUUUGAAUAUUCGCCUGGUGAUCGAAGGAUCGCUACAUGUAGUUCGAGUCCCGACACGGGAACGGUGUGUUGUACCCUUGAAUAAGAUACUUCCUGUUCGAUAUAUAUGUAAAUGACUACCUGGUAAGAUAGGUUUGUUAGCACCGAAAAGUAGUUCUACUAGGUUUAUCUUCCAAGGAAGGAGUAGAGAAAGAGGGAUAGUUGGAGGGGGUAAAGACGGGGUAACCACGGAUGCUUAUUUUUGUGAUCCACUUUAAAACAACUGUGUUGCAAUAGCGGUAUAAUUAAAAUUGCAACGUAAUAAUUAUUGAUAUUAUGCUUAUGAAAAGGGUAUUUUUAAGUAAAGAAUAUUUGACUUUGUUUAAAAGCUUUCUUUUCUUCUUUUCUUUUUUUCCACAAUGUAGAUUAUAGUUACAACGAAAGUGUUUUACAGCAGUUGUUUGCUAUACUGUAAAAUACCUUUUUACCUGUAGAGGCAAUUUACUUCUUAUAUAAUUCUGUAUAUUUUAUUCUCAAUCAAGAAGUUUUUCUCCUUCUUUUUAAAGUAGCUAUGUUUACACUGUUAAGUUCAUCAAUGAAAUUGACAUUUUGCUGAAGAUUUGAAUUAUUUGUGUGGAUUUAAAUCUCUCGCGAAAGAAAAUCAGUUGCACAUUAAAAAUGACGUCAUAGCAAUAGCAGGAUUGUUUGUUUGUUUUUGUUUUUGUUUUUGUUUUUUUUUUUUUUUUGCGAAACGGAAUCGAGAAACAAUUGACUCUACAAGAUGACACACCUUUCUGACGAUUUAAUUGUAGGUUGUAAGCAAAGACAAUAUUUCGUCAUCUUUGACCUGAAUGAUAUUGUUUAUACCGUAGUCUAUCCUGGAGAGUUUUACGGAAGAAGCAUAUUCAAUAUUAAUAUGGUAUAAAUACAAUUUAUAUAUAGGUCACUGUGACAUGAUAAAUGAUAUAUGUGACAGAGGAGCGGGAAAUUGAUCUAUAUAUCAUGUAUAUCAUGGCGGAAUGUAUACAGCGCAGAGAAUUAUGAUGACCUGCGGUUUAACUUUCUUUUACUAGAUUAAACAGCAGGGGUAUAAUGUUUUUACUUGAUCAUUUUUAAUAAAUCAGUUUUUAUAGAUUUUUAAAAGAAAUGCUUUAUAUUUGUGUGACUGGUAUAAAUCAUAGAUGAUUUUAAAUAUACUGCUGAUAUUACAGUGAUUUGUGUAGAUGACAACAAGCGUUAUUGUGUAUGUACGCAUUAUAAUAUGUUUUUAUGUAUUAAUCAUUAUUGUGUUUCUUUAUUAUUGUUGUGUGUUAAUCAGCAUAUUGCAGCAUAUUGUCUUUUUCAAGCAUUAUUGUGUAUCGAUCGUAUCAAGCAUAAAUGUCUUUGGAUGCUAUAAAACAUUAUUGUGUAUGGAUGUAAUCAAACAAUACUGUGUGUGGAUGUUAUCAAACAAUACUGUGCGUGGAUGUUAUAAAACAUUAUUGUGUAUGGAUGUAAUCAAACAUUAUUGUGUGUGGAUAGUAUCAAACAUUACUGCGUGGGUGUUAUCAAACAAUACUGUGUGUGGAUGUUAUAAAACAGUAUUGUGUAUGGAUGUUAUCAAACAUUAAUGUUUGUGGAUGUUAUCAAACAUUAUUGUGUAUGGAUAGUAUCAAACAUGAUUGUGUGUUGAUGACAUCAAGCAUUACUGUAUGUCGAUGUUAUUAAACAUGAUUGUGUGUUGAUGGUUAUAAUCAAUAUUUUGUAUGCAUAUUAUAAUCUUCUGACGAUUUAUUUCAAAUAAAGAUCAAAGAUUUC